AUGUCUGAAGACCACUGCGUCAUCUGCGCCGACUCCCUGGAGUGGACCGGUUUUGGGCCCUGCGGCCACAAGGAGGCAUGCUCCCGGUGCGUCGCGCGGCUGCGCUUUGUGCUAGAGGACAAGCGGUGCAUGUACUGCCAGCAGCCGCAGGACGAGGUGUACUUUACACGGUACAUGGGCGACUACACCCACCGCCCUGCAGACUUCGCCGCCCUGGAGGGCCGAGUGAGGUCUGGCGAGGUGUACAAACUGGCGGAGGUGGGCGGCUAUUUUGACGACAAAGAGCACUUCCAAUACAUUAAGUCGCUCUGCAGCUACACGCACCCUUCGCUCGCGGCCGCGGGCGCGGCGGCGCCCGCGUUCAACGCCCUCGACCCUCUGAAGCGGCGUGUGCAGGAGCAGGUCAAGCUGCACUUCUGCGACCUCUGCCUGAAGGGCCGCAAGGUGCGGCCCCAGCUGCAGCGCGCACGCCGUGUGCCCAGCGGCGCGGCCGGGCCGCCCUGGCGCCCGCGCCCGGCGGCCGUGGGCGGCGCGGGCGGCCCCUUGGCCCCUGCUCUGCGAGCUCGCGCAGCAACGCUGGUGUUCAUCAGCGAGCAGGUGCUGUACAGCCGCCGUGACCUCGACCGCCACAACCGCACCGGCGACGACGCCGGCCCCCUGGCCGAGGCCGGCUUCAAGGGCCACCCGCCCUGCCACUUCUGCAAGCAGCGCUUCUACGACAGCGGGGAGCUAUACAACCACAUGGAGCGCUCCCACGAGCACUGCUUCAUCUGCCGCCGCGCCCACCCGGGGAAGUACGUGUACUUCCGGGACUACGCUGAGCUGGACGCCCACUUCCUGUCGGACCACCACCCCUGCCCGCACCCGGCGUGCAUAGAGCGGCGGUUCGUGGUGUUUCAGGGGGAGGCAGAGCUCAAGCGCCACUUUGCUGCGGAGCACGGGGAGGAGAUGCGCAUGUCGCGCGCGCAGCGGCGCGAGGCGCUGGCCGUGCCAGUCAACCUCCAGUUCGCGCCACGCGCCGCCGGCGGCGGCGGCGGCGGUGGCGGCCGCGGGCGGGGGCGCGGCGGGCGCGGCGGGGAGCGGGAGGAGCCGGAGGCGCAGCUGCCGCCGGAGCGGCAGGGCGUGGUGAUCGGCGGCGGCGCGGGCCUGGCGCGUGGGGGCGGCGGCGGCAUGCGGCACAGCCGGUCGGAGACGGCGAUGGCGGCGGCGGUCGCCGCGAGCGUAGAGACCGCGGGCGCAGAGGCCAUUCGGCGGUCAGCGGCGGAGGCGCAGGCGCAGGCGCGGGCUCGCGAGCAGCAGCAGCAGCAGCCGCAGAUGGGCAGCGUCUCGUUCAACGCCGCGGACUUCCCCGCCGUCAGCGGCGGCGGCGGCGCGAACGCGCCCGGCGGCGGCGUGGCGCUCGGGACGUGGGUCGCCGCGUCGGGGGCGGGGCCGAGCACGAGCGGGGGCGUGGGGGGCUCUUUGGCGGCGGAGGACUUUCCGGAGCUUCCGACAAUGUCGAGGGCCCAGAAGCAGCGCCAGAAGCAGAAGUCAAAGGCCGCGGCGACGUCACUCGCGGCGCGCAUGGCGACCGCAGCGGCGCCGCCGCGCGUGGUCAACAGGGCGACGCCCUCGGCUGCGUCGGCCGCGGCGGCGGGCGCGAGCGGGUCGGGCGGGGCCAGCCUGCACGUGAGCCGCUCUGCGGGCGACCUGGGGGCAGCAGCGCGGCCGCUGACGCCGCCCGGCAACGACGCCGGCGAGGGCGCGGCCGCGGCCGACGGUUUCCCCGCACUCGGCAGCGGCGCAGAUGC